UGAUGGGCCCGCUGCCCCUUGCCCCUCCAACCCCUCUAAGGAUUACGCGCCUGGCAACCGCGCUAUCGGCGCCUUCAUUCGAGCUCUGUUCCCGCCUGCGCUGGUUUCCUAUCGUUUGGCAUUCCAGAAGGAGUGGAUGCCGGCUCUGAUGUCAUUCGUCUGCUGCUGCUGUUUUGGUCAGUUCUGGACGGCCAGGCUGGACGGGAAGUGGGCAGCCGAUUCCCGCUGCAGAGAAAAUCCCCACCGGGCACCCUCGGCAGUCACCACUCUGACCACCCAGCAGGCCGCUCUCGUCGUGACCCAGCGCCACCAAAAUGUGCCGAAUUUUCCCCAACGGGCUGGUGGUGUGAUGGGACGGUGGAGAGGCAAACAUGCUGCUUGGCCAAAUUCCGUGCUUACCAUUGCAAACAAAUGCCAAUUAAUUAAUUAAUCAAUCAUGCUUUGCAAUCGGGCAAGGUCGAGAAAGGCAACCGGGACCGACUUGGGCAGGCCGCAGAGGAGCGUAUCAGGGGCACAGCCUAUCUAG